AUGGUACGGGGAGAAAUGAAAAAGACGUUCAGUAUUCGAUCGAAGAAGAAAGUUAAGUCAGAUGCUGAUAGAAUCAGUACAGGCAGUACUGAUCAAAGACCAACUGUAAAAGUGUUUCUUCCAAAUGGCGAAUUCAGAAGCGUUAAAUGUGGAGAUACUACAGAUAUAAAAGUAAGUUUUCUUUACUUAUAUGCUCUCUUGUAUAACACGAAACUCAAAACAAAGUUGAAGUAGAGUUGGGGCUUUUAUUUACCCUUUGUUUGACAUUUUUUGAACAGCUAGUCUAAACUUCCUUCUCGCAAAUGUUUAUCAUAAUAUCACAAUUCUUUGUUAUUAUAAGUACAAAAGUUUAGGCGCUUUUUCUUAGUUCUAAUUGUCUUAAAUUUGGGGGUUUUUUAAUCUUUUCUUCACACAAAAUUUUCAAUGUGUACAUUUACACGUUACAUUUCUAUUUCGUUUUCUGUUUAUACGUCAUGACUUAAUUUGUAAACGAACUAAAGACUAAAUUUAGUUCAACAAUUAAUUCUCCAUAGGAAGUUAACAUAUCAAUAAUUACUUUCAGUCUUUUCUUUAAUCUUCGCCAACACAAAAUUCUGGAUAAUUUUAGGUCAUAUUAUGUCGUUUAUUUCGUUGUCUAUAUCGCUGAGAUGUUAGUGCAAAACAAGGCUGGGAUAAAAGACAGACAAUUUGCUUCGCCCAACUGAGCAAAUAUUUUAGAGGACAUUUUUUAUAGAUUUGUUGUGAAAUUAUUAUAGUGUUCCACCUACUGAGAGAUUUUUGUAACAAUUAGAAGCAAUCUUGCAUUCCAAAUUGCAAUUAGAAUGUGUUGCUAUCGAAAUGGUUUGUUCUCAAGUCUUAUCUUUCUCUUUAGCUGUUAAUGAUUGAGUUUAGUUUUUAAAGUGCAAUGUAUAUUUUAAUAGUGGGUGUCAAGUUUCUUGAGGAAAAGCCUUAUAAUUUAUUAAUACACAAUGUCAAUAUAAUAUACACAAUACUUGCAGACAAAUUUAUGUCAAUUGAUGAAUGAAAAGAACUUUGAAACAUGUGCUUAUUGAAUGUUCCUAUAAUUAAUCAAUGUAUUGUUUUUCAUGAUCAAUACAAACUUUCACCAUCAUGGUUAAACUAGUUUCUUUCGUUAAACAAAAUUGUCAUUCUGUAGAAUAAAAUGGCAAACAUAACUCUUGCAGCUUAGUGUGCUUACAUAAGACUUUUUAAUCCAUUAAGGACCACCAAGGUCACAUGAAACUUGACCACCCUGGAGGACAAAUUUAAUUUUAAUGGAGGCCGGCCCUCAGCCCUUAAAUGGGUUUAGUAGGACUAUGGGAUAUGCUUAAAAUAUGCUUCCAAUAUUAUUGUUAUCAACAAGAUAUUUAACAUUUUUCCAUGUAGGUGAUUUUCAAGCCUAAUGCUUAGACAUUUUCCUUUUUAUUUCAGGAUAUCAUUCAUCUAGUUAUUGAAAGUCUUGGGGUUAAUGUUGUUACAGCACACAUAUUUUAUGGAAUGAGGAUAGAACAUCCACAAUCACUCAGGGCUUUUUGGCUAAGAAGAUGGUUCACUGUUCAAGAAGUUCGAGCAAAAUAUGAACACAUGCUUCCCUUAGAUGAAUGCAGGUAAUAGAGAAGAUACUAGUUCAAUGUCAAGGGGACAUUGAAGAAACUUGCAUAUUUCUAGACUUCCCGAGCAUUUGCUUGUGCUGUCAUUUAUGAAUCAUCAGUAUUUUUAAUGGAGAAGAUGAAACCUCUUGCAUUUUUCAUAGAUAUACGUUGCGAAUAAAAUUCUUUCCAGAGGAUUUAACAAGUUUUUAUCUAAAGGAUAAAGCUAGUUUCUUCUUCUUAUAUGACCAGGUAAUUUCAUUAAUCAGCCUUUGAUUUUUUUGCAUUUCCUUGUUGCCUCAAUAUUUUAGAAUAUUUCUUUCAUUGUUUCUACAGAUAAAAAAUGAUUAUCUCAAUCAUGUUGCAGAGAAAGUAGACCAGGAUAUUGCCUUUAGAUUAGGUGCUUUAGAAAUGAGGUAUGUUGUUUAUUGAAAUAUUAAGUGAUGAUACAAUAAUUGGCCAGCCAAAUGCAGGAACUGCUACCAUAAUAUUUCCAAUCCUGUUCAAAUUUUUAGGAGACAUUUCAAAGACAUGCCUCCAAAUGCAUUAGGGAAGAAGUCUAAUUUUGAAAUUCUUGAGUAUGUUAAACAACUUUUAUUUCUUCAUUUCCAUAUACUACUACCAUUUGUGAGCAAAAGUAACAUCAAAACAUGGCAAUAAAAGGUGUCCUCUUUCUCAACAUAGAAAAGAAGUUGGAUUUACAAAGUUUUUACCAAAAUCUAUUAUUGAAACAAUGAAGGUAAGUUGUCUGACAUUCCCUUUGAACUUGAUCCUUCCAACUUUCCUUUACACAGGAUGACUGACAAUCAGUUGAACAGAUAAUUACUAAAUGUGAUUUGUCUCUGUUUAGUCUAAAGCUCUAAGAAAAAUCUUAAACAGCUACUUCAAGCAAUAUUCAGAGCUGAAUGAAGAACAAUGUUGUCAUAAAUUUCUUGAACUUCUUCCUACAAUCCACAGAUAUGACUUGGAAACUUUCAAGUGUUCUCUCGGAGUGAGUAUUGCCAUUUAUAACAUGCUUACUGAAACCAGUGCUAGGAGUCUUGAAUGUUGGUUGGACAUCAUAUUUUUCCAGGCUGUUUUUCAUUCAAAAAAUGAUGAUUAA